AUGUACUUUUUUUGGUGGCAUAAACCCAUGGACAUCCAGCGUCGCCUUCCAGUGUUCCUCAAACCAGGGUCUGAUUAUGUGCGGAAAAUUGAAUUAAAAAGGGCCAUUGUAAUGGAAGAUCCUGAAAUUGCCCUGAGGGAUAUAGAGGAGGCACUGGCGGAGGAGAACACGCGUUCGGCGGAGGGAGAUGGAGUUCCGCCUGGCACUGGUGAGAGCAGCUCUUUACGAGAUAUGAUGUACUGA